UCGGGUGGCGGCGGCGGCGGCGGCGGCGGCGGAUACGGCUCGGGCGGCGGCGGUGGCGAGUACGGGCCCGCCCGGAGCUACAGCGUUGUGUACCACCCGGCGCCGCGACGGAACUACGUCAGCGGAGCUCAGCUCUUCCGGGGUCGGCACUUCAACGGCGGCUACAUCCCCACCAGGACCUUCUCCGCGCCACGUAUCGUGAAGGGAGCAUCCAGGCCCUCCGUAAGCUAUGGAGGUGCUCCCUCGGGGGGCUACAGCGCCCCGUCUAGCGGAUACGGUGCUCCCUCGGGAGGCUACAGCGCCCCGUCCAGCGGAUACGGUGCUCCCUCGGGAGGUAGCAGCGCCCCGUCCAGCGGAUAUGGUGCUCCCUCGGGAGGCUACAGCGCCCCGUCCAGCGGAUACGGUGCUCCCUCGGGAGGCUACAGCGCCCCGUCCAGCGGAUAUGGUGCUCCCUCUGGAGGCUACAGCGCUCCGUCCAGCGGAUACGGUUCUCCCUCGGGAGGUAGCAGCGCCCCUUCCAGCGGAUAUGGUGCUCCCUCGGGAGGCUACAGCGCCCCGUCCAGCGGAUAUGGUGCACCCUCGGGAGGCUACAGCGCCCCGUCCAGCGGAUAUGGUGCUCCCUCGGUUAAAUAUUGAUAGUCUCUUGUUCGUGUCGUCACCGUGGUAAUUCUCGCAAACUUUGUGAUGACACCAGAUGCAUGUUGAAUGCUUUGCCGAAACAGAAUCAUUUUUGGAAGGUAUUCUGCCCAGGCACUGUGGCUAACG